AUGAAGGUCUUGUCGAGCAAAUCGGGCACGCUGGCAUACCUCGCGCCCGAAGUGUACGCCGGCAAGGGCUACGACGUGCGUGCAGACUGGUGGUCGUUGGGUGUCCUCUUCUACGAAUGCAUUUACAACAAGAGGCCAUUUGACGGUAACUCUGAGAGCACCUUGAGCCAGCAAAUCCAGCUCGCCAAUCCCAAGUACCCUAUUACUUCGCCGCCCGUCAGUCUUCCCUGUUUAUACGCCAUCCGAGAUGCCUUGGACGCCAACCGCGACAAGCGAAUGGGCUCGACGUGGGAGAGUUUUACCAAGCACGAAUUCUUCAUGAUGAUCGACUUCGAGGCUCUCGAGCGCAAGGAGAUCGAGCCCGUCUUUGUUCCGGCCGCAGACAAGACCAACUUCGAUGCCACGUACGACCUCGAGGAACUGCUUUUAGAAGAAGCUCCCCUCGAAGCGAGAGCCAGACGACAGAAACCCCGCGAGCGGCUGAAGGAAGAUGCCUCUGAGAAGGAGAUAAGAGAAGACGAGCUGUACCGUAUGAUCGAAAACGAGUUCCGCCCCUUCGACUACACGCUGGCUGCAUACAAGAAGUACGCCUCCCCCGACUCGCUUUUUGCACACCUCGAUGCUGACAUUCCUAGAAUCACUGGCCAAGUCGAUGAGUGCGGAUACGUCAAUGGCGACAUGGUGAUGAUGAACCAGCCGCAGGCUUUGACGACCGAUGAGGCCACGCCCGCGGCGAUGGCCACGAACGGAGGGGCCUCGAGAGCCGCUCAACCUCCGGGCCCGUUGCGGAAGAGUUCAAGCUUGGAGAGGCGGCCGGGAAGCAGUCAUGCGGGCGUGCCUCGUCGACCCGUCUCCAAGCCACCCCCGAUACCACACUACCCCAGCGAGUAUUCCAACCAAAGGUCUGUAAUGCCGGGAGCAGGGAAGAGGGUCACUAGCCCAACUGGCGGCAUGCAGGUUACACUGGAUGGUGGCGGCAGCUGGUCUGACCUCGCCCGGCAGGAUGCCACGCUGCCAACGGACGCCAACGCCAUUAGCGAAGGUAAAUCCGAAAGCUCCAGCGGGGUGUUCGGUUUCCUCAGGGGAAAGAAGGGGAGAGGGCACAGCCCGAAGCCGAAGGAAAGAGGAGUGUUGGGCAAGGAGGGUGCGAGGCAGGUUAUUGGCUAG